AUGGUAGCUAGGCGAGAUGGCAGAAUGGAGAGAUGGCAGCAAGGUGAGAUGGCAGCAUGGAGAGAUGGCAGCAAGGUGAGAUGGCAGCAUGGCGAGAUGGCAGCACGGGGAGAUGGCAGCACGGGGAGAUGGAGGCAUGGCGCGAUGCAUGGGGAGAUGGCAGCAUGGGGAGAUGGCAGCAUGGGGAGAUGGCAGCACGGGGAGAUGGCAGCAUGGCGAGGUGGGAACACUCACGUGCCUUUUGUGGUGCAGGAUGCCUCUUCACAUCCCUCUCGACCCCUACACAUCCCUCUCUGCCCGUUCACAUCCCUCUCUGCCCCUUCACAUCCCUCUCUACCCCUUCACAUCCCUCUCUGCCCUGACACAUCCUUCUCUGCCCCUUCACAUCCUUCUCUGCUCCUUCUCUGUCCCUUCACAUCCCUCUCUGUCCCUUCACAUCCCUCUCUUCCCCUUCACAUCCCUCCCUGUCCCCUUCACAUCCCUCUCUGCAAUUUAGCAUCCCUCUCUGCCCCUGCACAUCCCUCUCUGCCCUUUCACAUCCUUCUCUGCCCCUUCACAUCCCUCUCUGCCCUUUCACAUCCUUCUCUGCCCCUUCACAUCCCUCUCUGCCCUUUCACAUCCCUCUCUGCCCCUUCACAUCCCUCUCUGCCCAUUCACAUCUCUCUUUGUCCUUUCACAUCCCUCUCUGCCCCUUCACAUCCCUCUCUGCCCCUUCACAUCCCUCUCUGCCCCUUCACAUCUGCCCCUGCACGAACUCACCGCCCCAAGGGGCUUCAGCUCCGUUCCCUCUCACUUACCCAUGCAAGAAAUUCAGUCCCUUUCACUUCCACUCACCCGCCCUAA